AUGCAAGAUAUGCAAUAAAAGCAUCAUCUUGACUGCAUCACUUUGGAUGAUGUAAAAAAUGCAAUACUUCCCUAUCACGCAGUUUCGAUGCACCAGGAAGACAUUGAUAAUGCAGCUAAAAAAGAAAAGAAUCCGGUGAUAAAGCGAAACAAAACCAUCCCCGCAAAACGAGCUAAGCGAACCGAUCCCAAUUCCUCUGACAAUGGAUCCUGUGCUCUUGACAUUUCCAAUACUAAAUGUCUUGUUUCUUCUAGCUCUCGAAGAAAGCUAGUUUCUGUCAUUAAACCUGAUGAAGAAGAACCCACUGUACUACAACCAACUUUAAAGAAGCCAAUUAAGAUUAAUAUUCGUAAUAACGUAGCGAAUUCAGCCAAGAAAGCUUCUUUCAACCGCGAAGGGUCUUCCUCUUCUUCUGAUUCCCACCCUUCGAUGAAGCAAUGCAGCUCAGUUGAGGACGUAUCUGAGCCACUUUUAAUGCCUCGCAAGGGUUUAAUGGAAAUACUUUUAGAGGAGUCUGCUCUUUUUUCCGGUUCUCGCAAACCAUCAAGUGAAAGUGGCCAUGUUGGUUUAUUUGGAUCUAAUAGAUCUCGGGAUACUCUUAGUUCAGACUUAAGGGAUGUAGAAUUAAGACCUUUCUCAUAUCCCUCGACGCCUUCCCUUUCCCCCAUUUGUCAAGACCAAUCGGUUCUUGAUUCUGAAGAGCCUUCUGUUACCAGUUCGGAAAGACCAGUACGUCCUGCCUCCAAUUCCUUUGCA